UAUUAUAUUACUGCAAUUGAAUUAAUUAGAGAAAAUCAGAAUAUGGCACUGCAAGGAUUGAGUACUGCGGCUGUGGCUGCAUCAGUAUCGGUAGGACCUCCUACUCUUCUCCGGAUUCCUUCCUCAAGCUUAUGUUGUGGAGCUCGGAUUCCUUCUUCAACAAUCAGAAUCCGGUCGGUAAGGUGUAAAGCGGUGGGAGAAAACCCCCAAGGUUCAUUGAGCGAUACCGUAGUUUAUAAAGGUGUUUAUGGCCCCUGGACCGUUGAAUCCUCUGAUGUUCAAGAGGUUAUUUCGUACAGAUCAGGAUUGGUUACAGCCGCUGCAUCGUUUGUCAUUGCCGCAUCGGCUGCCUAUUUGCCCGAUAACCUAAGUUCAUUUCUCAAGCAAAACCAAGAUUUUUUAUAUGUCAUUGGGUCAGGUGGAUUGGGUUUAUCAUUAUUCUUGAUUCAUAUCUAUGUGACUGAAAUCAAGCGCACUCUACAAGCAUUAUGGGGCCUCGGGGUUCUUGGAUCAGCUGCGACCUAUAUCUACCUUGCUCAACCGGCUAAUAAAACUCUAAUACAAUAUGUUGUUGAUAACCCCUCAGCUGUCUGGCUUGUCGGUCCUCUUUUCGCUGCUUUGACAGGACUUGUUUUCAAGGAAGGACUCUGCUACGGCAAGCUAGAAGCUGGAGCUCUCACGUUUAUUAUUCCGAUACUUCUUCUUGGGCAUCUGUCCGGAUUGAUGGACGAUGGAGCUAAACUUACAUUGCUUGCUUUGUGGAUGGGUCUUUUUGUGAUAUUUGCCGGAAGGAAGUUCACUCAGCCCAUCAAGGAUGACAUUGGUGACAAGUCCGUUUUCACGUUCAAUUCCCUCCCUGAUAAUGAAAAGAAAGCCUUGAUUGAGAAAUUGGAACAACAAAAUUCUUAGUAUUAACUGCAUCAGCUCUAUACACCUUGAGGCAGCAUCCUUCAACUUGUUGGAAUUUUUUUGAAAAGAUGAUUGCAUCUAUAAGCUAUGCGAGGAGUGCGCAGCCUGCAGUUCCCUUAUAAGGGAGGAGACCUUUCCCAUUAGGUCUUCCUUUUAUAUCUGUAAAAAUUGUAUGAUAUUUGCCUAAUGACAAUUAGUACAUGUUGGUGUAGACUUGUUUUAAAUUGUAUUUUAUCUUAAUCUUAAAUAUAUAAAAGAAAAGUUGAUAGGUCUGGGACAUUUUUUGUAAAUUCCAUUUCCCUGCCCACUUUAAGGGCAGAUAAGUAGUUUUAUAUUAUAAAUCAUGCCCAAUUUGUUGUUUUA